GUAUGCUUUAAUCUAAGCUUUUAUGUUCACAGCAAUUGAUUGGCCAAAAUUUAACGAGAACUCAUAUAACAAGAAAAUAGACAGCUUUGCGAUUGCUAUUAAUACCUUUUCAAAUCAGUUGUUCUCACUCUCUAUGAAAGUUGAUAGCAUAGACCUGUUUUCACAUUGGAGUUUGUAAUAGGAUCGAUUACUACUCACUUACAUGGAACAUGGCUGUUGCUCGGCGGUUGUUUGUUUUGGAUCAUGUUCUACAUAAUUACAACAUACAUUGAAUUUCAAAUGUCAGAGAUCAAUGCACAGGUUUAGUGAUAUGCAAUGAAGAGUAGAUACUCAUUACAGUGAGUGAUACUUGAAGCUAUGAAGGUUUGGAUUUUGGCGAUUGGAAUCGUUACAGUAGUUAAAUUUAGUAUUGAGUUAGGUUUGAAUUUGGAUGAUUCUAACCAACUUUUGGUUUCGGUCGGUAAAAUGGUGUGUCAAUUACUUUCCAAUGCUUCAUACAGAACAGUACAUUUUGUUCGAGACGAUAACGAUACAGCUUUUGAUGAUUUGAUUUCUAACAUUGCUCAGAAGUAUAAAGGUCCAAUUGAGCUGGAGUCUGAAAAUUACCAAAAGGACGAUGCUGUUGUCAUGAUGUUUGACUCAAAUUCGCUGGAAUAUAUGGGAAUCAAUGAUCUAAGAAGGAUUGGUUUGCUCCUUGUGGUCGUCAACAUAGUCAGUGAAACUGAGAUAUUACAAAAAGUCUUGAGUAGUUUAAGAACUACACAAAUUGUCAGAUUAGCUAUCAUUUCGUAUAAUAGUUCAGAGAAAGCUGAUGAAGUUGUCAUCAAUAUGUCCACUUUCUCCAGGUACAAGACGAGAAACUGCGAGAACGAUCACAGUUUCGUUUCAUCAUUUUUACCAGCUGCGGAGUCUGGAUCCAUUGCAAUAAACACUUCAAUUGAUCGACCGCAAAUCGAUUUCCAAGGAUGUUCCAUGGAUGUUGGAAUAGGAGUGUUAGCACCUUUCACAGUUGUCAUAGAAGACGAUGGUGAAAUCAAGUAUUUGGGCGUGGAAAUCGAGAUGACAAAAGCCCUGGCAGAGCACUUCAAUUUCAGAAUUCGGUAUCAUCAACCGCCUCAUGGGAUGCAGUGGGGGAUUUUGAACGAAACCGGAAGCACCGGACUCAUGAGAAUGAUACAAAAUGGGGAAGUAGAUUUUGCUGUUGGAUCAAUUGCUCGCUCACUCAUUCGAAACACGCUACUAAUAGGAGGGGUUGGAAACUUUUACGAUCAGCUUAUUUUUGCAGUGCCACCAGGAAUUCCCUACACUCCUCUUGAAAUGCUGAUUAUGCCUGUGACAACCAGUUGUUGGAUUUUGAUCAUUGUGGCUUGUGUAGUUGCUUCGAUGUUAUUUUCCAUCGUAAUCGAUGAACAUCUCUACAGAAUAAAUUUUGAAAAGCAGAAAAUUUCCUUCAUUGAUGUGUGGUUCAUACUUCUGGGAGGAGCAAUGACCAAUAUUCCAGAGAAAGUUUUCCGAAGGUAUGUUCUUAUUGGAUGGUUGAUGGUGACUCUGGUUUUCAGAAGUGCUUACCAAGCUAUACUAUUUGACCACUUGAAAAGUGGAGUCGUAUUUAAGCCAAUCCUGUCGUUAGAGGAUAUGUUCGAAUCUGGUUUGAAGUUCCACAUGUUCAAUGUUUCUCAGAGACAUUUUGGACGACACCCAGCGAUAAUGAAGAGGGCAGUGCUCAUGAAUAAUAACGCUCCAGUUCACAGUGUUCUAAGUGAUAUCGCAGACAACAUUCUUCUGGCAGCAUUUCCAUUACCGAGAUCCAACAUCGCAUAUUUCAACAAGCUGAGAUUAUACAAACCGAAAGUUCACACCAGCCGAUACGUUAUUGAGACUUACGAGGUGGCAACGCAUUACCCUAUCCAUUCUCCGCUGGCUGCUCUCUUCGAUGGUGUGGUUUUGAGGAUACUUACUGUAGGACUCCAUGAUUAUUGGUCGAGACAAUUUAGGGGAACUGUGGUGGAUAAUUAUAUAGAGGUUAAACAACUGAAUGUACAUAAUCUAAUAGUGGCAUUUAUCCUGCAUGGCAUAUUGUGCGGAAUUAGCUGUGUUGUUUUUAUCGCUGAAAUAAUGACUGAAAAAUCUGUAAGGUCUAUUAGGCAGAAGGUUUUAGAUAAAAAACUGCAAUUUAAACAAACUGCUUCAAUGCUUAUAUUCAAAAAAAUUGAAAGUUUGUUCGAUCCCUAGAGUUUUUUUGAAAUUAUGAAUGUUCUUAGAUCACUGCACCUCAUUAACAGUUCUUAGCAUUUCGAAAUCCGCUGUUGUUGAAUUUAAACUAGUAUUUAUAGCUAUAAGUUUAAUAAUAAGUCAAAAGUUAUUUGUUAUAAAAAGUUCGAUAGACUACAUAUUAUAAACGACAUAUUUUGUUUGUGAAGUUUAAUUUUAAGAUUUUUCCUCAAAUAAAUUUAAAAAAAAAUAUGGUCCGAAUUGUAAAUUGUUGUUACGAAA